CACAAAAAAGCAUUUCAUACAUUAUCAAACAUGGAAACUACCAACCACCAUUACAAAGGACAACGAAACAAUGACAUAAUCUUUGUCCAUGGUCUAAAUGAUUAUGGAGAUAGACUUUCUGAGCAUGUUGAACCAAUCUUGGAAAAAGGCCUUUACCAAAUUUUGGAAGAUCAAAUGGACUACAUUCAUAUGUAG